UAGCGAAGAAAAUGUAUGUGUGCGUGACGUCAUUUUGCGACAGGAAGAGGUGUCCGAUUUGGCAGACUGAAAAUCGUGAAUAUCAUCUUUUAUUCCGUCGCCAUCAAGACACAUAUUAAUCAAUCAUGACUGACCGUGAAGCUGUAGAUGAUGUUCCUCCCGGUGGUGUCACAGGGUCGGGGAGUGCUGACGACAUGCGACGAGAGCUUGCAGAGAUACAGGCACAGUCUAACCAAGUCACUGAUGAUUCGCUGGAGAGUACGAGACGUAUGAUGCAAAUGUGUGAGGAGAGUAAGGAGGCAGGCAUCAAUACCCUGGUCAUGUUGGAUGAGCAGGGAGAACAGCUGGAUAGGGUAGAGGAAGGCAUGGAUCAAAUUAAUAAAGACAUGAAGGAUGCUGAGAAAAAUCUGGAGGGCAUGGAGAAAUGCUGUGGAUUGUGUGUACUACCUUGGAAAAACUUAGUAAAGCAUAGGAGAACAAAAAAUUUCGAAAAAGGAGGUGAAUAUGCAAAUAUUUGGAAGUCCUCUGAAGAUGGCAAGGUGAACACAGAUGGUCCACGUAUGAUUGUGGAUUCAAGGAAUGGGGCCGGGCCCCAAGGAACCUUUCUUCCAGUAAUUACAAAAGAUGCUCGUGAGGACGAAAUGGAGCAGAACUUGACAGAAGUCAGUGGCAUGCUGGGUAAUCUAAGGAAUAUGGCUGUAGACAUGGGCAGUGAGAUCACCUCACAGAACCGACAAGUGGAAAGAAUCCAGUCAAAGGCUUCAUCGAACGAAGUGAGAAUUUGCGAGGCUAACAAGAGGGCUACGAAGAUCUUGAAGGAGACUUAAUCCUGUAUUCAUCAGCUCCAGUUUUCAUUUGAUGUGAUUGUCAGUAUGAUCAUGGCUGGGGCAAUUAGGUACCAUUUGACACUGAGGGACCAAUGAGAUUCACUCUGUACUUUCUACUGUUAUGUGCUGAUCGACUACGCGUGGAAAACGAAGAGACCAAUAUAUGUACCUAUUUAUUCUCAGACAAUUGUGAUAUCCAUGUGCUGAACAUCGUCAUUGGUUAAUGCUGUACGGAACAGCUUAAAGGACUGUAAAUAACCACUCAACUGGAGCUGUUUGAUAAUUAGGACACGAUUUAUCCAGCUCAAAGGUGACGCUGUAAUGUGAUAAGUGAUUAUGUAAUUCACCACUGUAGACCAUAAUGGACUUGUCCAGAUCAAUGCACGGGGGAGUCUACUUUAGUUGCAUAGGGGUGAAAGGGUUAAUUGUGUCGGGCUUAAGUUAACACGUCUGUCCUUUUAUGGAACUUGUUUUUUUAUGUUUAAGUAAUCGGGAAAACUAAUUUAUUAGGAUUUUCCCCCAAAAAAUCGGUGUGUGGACUAAUGAAGUUUCACUAUGCAUUGGUUUUGUAUACAGCUAUUAAUAGUGACACCUGUAUUUACCUGUGACCUAGUCGUUAUCAAAGCAAUUACACCUGGUGCCAGGGUUUAUUCUUGAAUUUGACCAUUUUCACAGAAAAUGCUUGUUUCCCAAUAUGACUGUCAUCUGUGGACUAAACUCUGAGCAUUGACAUUUGGUAGGUGACCUUUUUGGUGGGGCCAGGGGAAGAUGUAAAAAAACCCAGACAUCAGCAAAAUUUUAGUUAAAACUUAAUAAUCUGACAGUAAUUUUCUGUCCUGUUAAGUUUCUGUCUGUGACUUUCAGUAGUGAGGUGUGUAUAAGUACAGGGAGUUGUAUCUAGAUUAUUGUCAGACCUUAGAAGUGAAAAUUAGUACUCUUCAGCAGUCUUCUAAUUACAAGAACAAAAAUGUUUAUGAAUGUCAUGCUAUUGUGAUUAUUAAGUCACCUGAGCCCUAGGUUUGGGAAGAUCAAUCAUUCUUCGUACAACAUGCAUUAACAUUUUGUUAUUUCGAACUAAAACUUUACAGAUCAGAUUUCCAUGAAAGUUUAUGGAAAUAAUCUUAAUGUGGUCUUGAACAAGUGUUGUUAUUUUCCAGAGCCUUACAACACCAAUCUUAAAAGUUCCAUGUUGAACCUGACCUCAUGUUCUGCUGAAAGGAAUGUAAUGAAACUUCAUAGGAAUGCUCAAAGUGCAUGGUCCUGACAAAAGGUUGUCUUUUGCAUGUUGGUAAAGACGUACAAGAUGGCCCCUAUUUUCAAAAUCUGUUUUAUUACAAGUUUGACCACAUCAUUUGGCUGUUUUGAAGAGAGUUGUAAAGAGUCGACUUGUUUUACAUUGUAAUCGUCAGAACCAAAUUUCUUGGCCGGUUUAGAAAGAGGCGUAAUGACAGAAUGCAUUGUUAAGUUGAUUAUGACAUCACAGUUCAAAGGUGACAUGUGAUGAUGACAUCCAAUCAGAUGUCCUGACAGAAAAUAAUGAUUUAUUUCGACAGAUCACUGGCAUAUCUUGGCAUUUCGGGAAAUGUUGUAAUCAGAAAAUACAUUGGUCUCCGAUAGUAUAUCUUCCUAUUUAUGAAAGACAUGGCAACUGUAUAGAAGUAUAUUUGUAGUGUGUGUGUGUGUGUAUACAAGUGUGACGCAUUUGAAUUUUUUAUCUUACAAAAUGUUUUGCUGCGAUCCUUUUUUAGCUUGCAUGAUCAAUCAUGGGAGCUAUUGCUAUCGGCUUUGGUUAGUAUUCGUCGUCUGCUUAGAACGUUUCAACUUCCAGUAGAACGACUGGUUGACUGACAUCAAAAAUAUGAGACAAAUAUUCCUUAUGAAGUCCUGACAAAGUGUUGUUACUUUUUUGUGUCAAUCCUAAAAUCAAGGUAUUUUGUACAUUAUCUCUUGAGCAGAUGCGAAGAUUAUCUUCAAAGUUUGGUGCAAAUAGUCCUAAAUCAUUAAGUCAGAUGAAACUCAUGUGAUCAUGAGGCCCCAAUGGACCUCUUGUUGUAUUUUUUUUUUAGGGACACAAGAUCUACAAAAAUGAAUACAAAAUCAAGAUUAAAUAGCAAGCUUCAGCACGAUCUUAAGUUGCUGUAAUGGUGCUUGUAUUUGCAGGUGUUCAAAUGAACUACAUUCCAACCUUUGCUUUUCCAGAGGUCAGCCUCAAUUCCAAUCUUGUGUUUUUCGUUCUUUUCAGAUUCAACCAUUGGUUGACCUCUUAGAUAAGUGAAAGAGGCCCAGGUCACAAAUGUGCAUGUAAAUGUUGGCUUCAUCUGGAGAACUUUUAAAUUAGAAAGCUAUUGCUAUUAAACUGUUUAUUUUUGUAAAAUAAUCAUUUAAAAAACUCAUUAAUCUGCUUAUUUUUGUUGUCCAUAUUUUGUAUUUGAUUAAGCAUUGAUAUAAUUGGUAGUCAAGGAAGUGUCAUGUUGUCUAUAUUAUAAUGCAGAUCCAAAGUGAAACGUUCUUCUGUCGUCACUUUUCGUUGUCGAUGACAAUAUCACACAAUCUUUGUUCACGUUGACAAUUAAUGAAGUUUCGUUAUUACUCAAUUAAUAGACAAUGUGUAGAAUUAGAUUUGACUUUGAUUUGAUCUUCAAAGUAUGACGUUCUGUAUUGUUUUAUCUUUCAACUCAGAACUGUCAAAUCUUUUAGAUGUGAUGUUGAUGUGUGCAAUGUAAUUUGUUGGUUGUUUGGGGGUGAAGUGUUUUUCGACUGUAAAACGUAGCUACAUGUAGUUAGGUGACUGGCACACAUAUCUAAAUACAUAAUGCCCUAGGUUGUGACCGGUUAGAACAUUAACUUUCGACACACGUAAUCAUCUUCUUCUUUUUUACAAUCAAUAUAAAAUACUGUGUAUUCUGCUGUCACUUCAUUUAUUUAAAAAACCUAUAAACGUGUUGGAGUUUUUAUUGAUGGCUGCUCAAAUUACUGGGCUGCUGUACUUUUGUGUUCAUUGCAUGCGUUUCGUUAAAUAAUACUCAGCUGGCACGGAAUUUUGGUAAAAUACAAACUAAUUGUCUAAUUAACAUACUAAUAUCUUUCCCAUCUUCUCAACAUUGAACAGAAGGUUGUUUUGAUGAUAUGAAUAUGGUAUAGAUUGAUAAAAAUUGUCCGCAAAUUAAUUUACUAAAUCCUAAUCCAAUCAUCGUUUAUGGCUGAAACUUUUUGUUCAUAACAUGAUGAACAUAACAUUGGAAGGUCAACAUUCAGCAUGUUGAUACAUUUCAGUCCUGAUGAAAUCGUAACUGAUACUAUAUAUUAAAUUGUGUGGUACAGAAAUGGGCGUCAUAUAACGAACAUGUUUUUCAUCACAAUCAUGAAAAUGUGUAUCAAGUUAAGACACAACGUUCUGAGUUCAAUGGGGUCAAACUUGUCCGUGACAAAAUGCUGGAGAUAGCAAUCCAUUGCUUAAUUUUCUUAUAGAAAUAAUGGAUUACCUUGCCGGCAGCUCCGGUCAGACAACUUCUUUUUACGUACAAAUUAUAACUUCAUCAUGAUGUUAUGUUUUAUCAAUGUAUAAUUCACCAUUUUCUUGAUCAUUAAACUUGGUUAUACUGAAAA